AUGGCUUUCAAAAUUGGGCCCUUCGAGGGCUCCUUGAACUGGCCAACUAUCGUGACUGCUUUUUUAACACUAUUAUUGAUUCAGAAAACCACUGCCAAUUACCUCCAGAGCAAGAAGUACAAGCUCCCUCCACGAAUCCCUGGACUUCCAAUUUUUGGUAAUACUUUCCAACUACCUCCCAUGGAUCAAGGUCUAUGGGGGAUAGAGCAAGCUAAGAAAUAUGGAGAAAUGUAUACAUGCAAAUUCGGUGUCAAUACAUGGGUCUUUCUCAAUUCCUCUCGCGUGGUAAACGACCUGAUGGAAAAACGCUCAGCAAUCUAUUCAUCCCGCCAAAAUAUGCCAAUGGCAUCUGGAAUCAUGUCAGGCGGCUGCCGCAUCCUUUUAAUGCCAUACAGCGACCGAUGGCGGGCCAUUAGGAAAGUAAUGCAUACGAUUUUAAACAAGCAAAACACGGCCACAUUCGCUCCUUUUCAAGAUCUCGAGUCAAAACAUCUGCUUUAUGAUUAUCUGCAUAACCCGGAACAGUGGUAUAACGCCAAUCAGCGCUUCGCAAAUUCGGUUAUUAUGGGGGUCGUCUUUGGCAAGCGUUUCGAAUUGGGUCAUCCCCAUACGAGGGAAUUGUUGGAGACCUCGACGGAGAUUUUAACUGCGUUGCAGCCAGGUGCCAGUUUGGUUGAUGCUUUGCCUGUUUUUGAGAAGUUGCCUACUUGUUUGCAGUGGUGGAGACCUAGAGGACAGCGAGCUCAGGAGAGGUGCAAGAGUGUUUACAAACGUGAAGUAGCCGACCUCGAAGCCCGUGUCGAGGCCGGGACUGCACGCGAAUGCUUUGCUCUUCAAUUCAUGAAAUCCCCCGAUGCUCAUAAAUUUGGUGAAACGCAGUUUCUAUUCGCCCUGGGCUCGCUAAUGGAAGCUGGCUCCGACACAUCUCGCAUGACCAUCAGCCAAGUAAUUGCUGCGGCUGCCCUAGACAAGCGCUGGGUCGUUACCGCUAGGAAAGCCUUGGAUGCUGUGUGCGGGUCCAAUGCUGAGCGUCUUCCGGAUUUCGCUGAUAGAGAGAACCUCCCAUAUCUGUCUGCGGUAACGAAAGAGGCGUUCCGAUGGAGGCCGAUGGCCCAGAUUGGAUUUCCGACUAUGUUGACUCAGGAUGAUGAGUAUGAGGGGUAUAAGUUCCCCGCUGGGACUAUAUUUACGUGGAAUGCGACUGCUAUUGCGUUGGAUGAGCGGGAGUAUGAGGAACCGAUGAGGUUCUGGCCAGAGAGAUUCAUGAAUGAGGAUGUUGGGAGUGUUAUGAAGGGACACUGGAGUUUUGGUCCUGGAAGGCGAGCUUGUUCCGGAUACCACGUCGGGGACUCCAAUGUCUGGAUCGCAAUAGCGAGGCUUCUGUAUUGCUUCGAUUUUGAACCUAUUGAGGGGCAACCAAUCGAUAGUCUUCGUGUUUCAUGGCUGGAGCAUCGCCACGCACCGUUUCCUGUUUCUAUUAAAGUCCGCAGUCCACAGCAUGCCGCGCUGGUUGAAAGAGAGGGGGAAAUCGCUGUUAAUACGAAGUAUUAG